CCACAAAUUCUAUUAUUCAAUCUCUCUCUCUUUCUCUCUCCCUUGAAAAUAAACUCUUUCUCUUCUAUAUAUAAACUCUUCUCCCCCUCUCCCUUCCUCUGAUCCAUAUCUCUUUCUCUCUCCUUAAUUUGUUGUAGCAUUUUAAUUAGAUAGAUUUUAGUGCAAGGAGUUACAAAAAAAGAAGAAGAUGAUGAGUGGCAUAAUAAAACAUCUCACCACCCUUCUAUUGCUUCUGAGUGCUCUUGUUCUUCUUAUCAUGGCCACAACUUCACAUGGUGCAAUUCCCAAAAGCACAUUGAAGGUGGUGGAGGAGGUGAACAAACAAGGCCCCUUCUUGGGCUUGGUGGUGCCAAACUCAUUCGAGAUGAGCCCUCUCCUUCAAUCCAAAAGCUUUGUGAAAGACAAGAAGCUACCAUACUUGGACAUUGGGGGAAGAAGAUUCCACUUGGGAAAAGUAGGAAAGGACAAGCUCAUCAUGGUAAUGACAGGAUUGAGCAUGGUUAAUGCUGGAUUAGCCACUCAGCUACUGCUUAGCCUAUUUGAGAUCAAAGGAGUUGUGCAUUUUGGAAUUGCUGGGAAUGCUAAUCCUGAGCUUCAGAUUGGGGAUGUGACUAUUCCUCAGUAUUGGGCUCACACUGGCUUGUGGAAUUGGCAGCGAUACGGCGAAGGACCACAAAAUGAACUCGCGUUAGAGGCUGGCGGAGAUUAUACGCGAAAAUACGGCUAUCUCAAUAUUUCAUAUUAUUCUACAAAUAAGAUUGAUAAAUCUUCAGGAAAUUUUCUGAACAAUGUUUGGUAUCAACCAGAGGAGAUUUUUCCAGUAAAUGGUGUUCCAGAAGUUAGAGAGCAUGCAUUUUGGGUUCCUGUUGAUGAAAAAUACUUUGCACUUUCCAAGCAAUUAGAGGGCAUGGAACUCCCCAAGUGUGCCAACUCCACAACAUGCCUGCCCAGAAACCCUAAGGUGGUGAGGGUAGAGAGGGGCUGCAGCGCCAACGCCUUCGUCGACAACGCGGCAUACCGCAAGUUCCUGCGGUCGAAGUUCAACGUGACUCCGGUCGACAUGGAGAGCGCGGCGGUCGCGCUCGUGUGCCGCCAGCUCGAGACUCCCUUCGUCGCCAUCCGCGCCCUGUCCGACCUCGCCGGCGGUGGCUCCGCGCAGUCGAACGAGGCUGACGUCUUCGCGCCGCUUGCCGCGCACAACGCCGUCGAUGUUGUGCUCAAAUUCUUAGCCCUCCUCACGAGUUAGGUUUGAAGUUUGUAGUAGCAUGCAUGUUUGCAUAUGAAUAAUGUAAUCUUGUUUUUUGAAGGAUUUUUUUUUUGUUUACUUUUCACUAGUAAUUUUAUUUUCUAUAAUAAUUUGCUUUAUCAUGAA